AUGACUUUCGACAGGAUCUGCGACGUUCUGAUAAUUGGCUCUGGCCCGGCGGGCUUAAGCUCUGCCUUGGCUCUCGCCCGUGCUCUAUACAAUGUCAUUGUCUUCGACUCCGGCGUCUACCGAAAUCAGUCAUCGCCGUACAUGCAUACCCUGCCCACAUGGGAUCACCGCGAUCCAAAGGAGUACCGUGACGCCGCGCGCGCUGAGGUGGUGACCCGGUACGAUACGGUCAAGUUCCAUGACUCGGCGGUCGAAAGCAUCCAGAAGACCGAACAAGGCUUUGAGGCUUUGACCGCGGAUGGUCAGACCUGGACUGGCCGGAAAGUCAUCCUGGCAUCGGGAGUGAAGGACAUCAUGCCAGACAUCGAAGGGUACGAUAGCUGCUGGGUCAAGGGCAUAUACCAUUGCCUGUUCUGCAAAGGCUAUGAGGACCGUGGCGCCGCCUCAGCCGGCGUCCUCGCCAUCGACGACGUGGCUGCUGUUCCUCCAGCCCUCCAUCUCGCCCGCAGCGCCAGACGGCUAGCCUCCACCGUGACGCUCUACACUAACGGCGCCGAGGACCUAGCUCAUGCCCUCAAGGCCGGACUGCACGAGCAAGAAAAAGCCCACAUCCACACCGACACGCGCCCAAUCGCAAAGCUGAUCAAGACCGACCAGGGUAGCAGCGUGACCAUCUGCUUCCGCGACGACAGCAGCCCGCCGGCCACCGAAGGCUUCCUCGUGCACCGGCCCAAGAUGCAGCUCAACGGGCCGUGUGCCCAGCAGUUAAAGCUCAAGCUGACGCCGCAGGGAGAUAUCCAGACGACCCCUCCAUUUGGGGAGACGAGUGUCCAGGGCGUCUUUGCCGCAGGCGACUGUGCAGCAUCGGGCAAGAUUGUGGCCAACGCGCUGUCUAUGGGCGCGUUUGCCAGUGCUGGGGUUGCAGCACAAUUGCAGGCCAGUCCUUUUUGA